AUGCCUUCAAAAAGUCACAGCAUAUUGGGUUAUGGCGUUGUAGACCGCUUGUUGGAAGCCGGUCAUGAGGUUGUCCACAUAACAUCAUUCCCAAAGAAACAAAAAGUGCCCAACCUAAAAGAAAUAGACGUUUCAUCUGUAUCAAAGGUUUACCGAGAGGAGGCAGAAAAAAGCGGGGCGAUGAAAAUAAAAAAUAUUAUUACCAAAGGAAAUAUAGGAGAUUCUAUAUUAUUUAAUUUCUUCUCUUUUGUAAUACACAAGAAAAUACUUGAAGACCCUAAUGUAGUGAAGCUAUUGAGUGAUCCGAAGGAAAAAUUUGAUGCUGUAAUCCUUGAAUGGUUCUUCUCUGAAUUACAUGCUGGGAUACCUCAUCUAUUUGAGGUACCAAUGAUCUGGGUUGUCUCCACUGAACCGCAUUGGCAGCCAUUGAGGUUAAUGGACCAAAUUCCGAAUCCAGCCUACAGUGUUGAUUUGUUCACGACAAGCAUUCCUCCAUUGAGUUUUUGCGAAAGAGUGGAUCGAUUGAUGAGAUUUAUGAAAAGGUUCUUUUUAUUAAAUUUGAUUCAAGUACCUGUGGAAAGCUGGGUAUACGACAGCAUAUAUUCUGAAAUUGCAGCAAAGAGAGGUGUUAGCAUACCGUCUUACAGUGAAGCAAUAUACAAUGGAUCUUUAAUGUUCCUAAACUCACAUCCAUCUAUUGCAGGGGCUAUGCCGUUGCCCCAAAAUGCUAUAAAUAUCGCCGGGUAUCACAUCCAAGAGAAGAUCAAGCCUUUACCAAAGAACCUUCAGACAAUAAUGGAUGGAGCCGAAAAUGGGGUGAUUUACUUCAGUUUGGGAUCGAAUACUAAAAGUGACGGCAUGUCCGAAGAAAUGAAACAAUCUCUUUUGAAAAUUUUCAGCAAACUUGACCAGACGGUCAUAUGGAAAUUUGAGAGUCAUAUGGAAAACCCGAUUCCUAAUGUUUUCCUUGUAAAAUGGGCACCGCAACCAAGUAUCUUGGCUCACCCAAAUCUCAAAUUAUUUAUCACCCACGGUGGUCAACUUUCCACUACAGAAGCGGUACAUUUUGGUGUGCCAGUAGUUGGUAUUCCUGUUAUGGCCGAUCAGCAUUUAAACAUGGCAUCAGUAGAGAGUAAAGGUUAUGGAAUAAAAGUCCCAUUGGCUGAAGACAUGGCCGAUGAACUUGAAUCUGCUAUAAGAAAGGUGAUAUCUGAUGAUUCAUUUAAAACCAAAGCCAAAGAGGUAUCCUCAACAUUCCACAAUCGUCAGAUGAAACCCGGUGCUGCUCUCGCCUAUUGGGUGGAAUACGUUGUGAGCACGCGUGGCGCCCUGCACCUUCGUUCUCCAGCACUCUCCGUGUCACUAUUCCAGAGAUUUUAUUUGGACUUCUUAGUUUUAAUACUAGUUCUGUUAUUUCUACUUUGGAGAAUUUUCAAGUAUGUAAUGAAAAGAAGAUCAAAAAACUCUCAAGUGAAAAAUAAGAAAGAUUAA